AUGGAUCACCGCUUUUCAAAACAUGAGUACUUUGUGAGCUGCAGCCUCACAAUCCUCUUCGCCGGAUUUGCGGCUGCCUCCUACUUUGACAUCUCCACCUGCCCAUACCGCUACACUCGCGGGACUUCCACGGCGGAAACUGGUGGGGGCGGCGGCGCCUGUAAGGCGCACGUGUACGGCAGAGGCGGGGCGGAAAGUUCGCGCUCGCUCUUCGCCUCGGUGGCGCAGGAGGGCGGUCUCACCUGCCAUAUGGCCGAUCUCGUCAUUUGGGUCUACAUCGUCACCUUGCUGCUGUUCAUGUCGCACAAGUACUACUACUACCGGAUGCGGGGGCUGCACUACUUUCUGCUGGAUUACUGCUACUUUCACAACGCUUGCCUUGUGCUCUUCCUGCUCUGGUACCUCGUCGAUGUGCGGUGGUCGCAGGAGCCGCUCGUCUCGUGGGAGGCGUACCUGCCACAGGAGUGGUUGAGUGAACGCAAUGCCCGCCUCGCCGGGGCUGCAGACGGUGGGCUGAAUAGAAGCAUUAAGGACGUCGCCGUGAGGGCGACACCACUGGUCAACCAGACGUGGACAAACUGGGCUCAGCGAUUUAUUCCCUCCACGGCGUGGCAGCGGCUGCUCAUUGUAGGGAUUUACAAGCCUGUGUCGGUGGAUAUCGUCACCAUUGGCUACACCGCGGCAGAGGCCUCGAGCCCGGACGAGGUGUUGCUAAACUUCCUCUUGUUCUUUGCACUUGUGGCUGGGAGCUUUGGGCCUAUCUUGGGUGCCAUUCUGAUGUGGAGUAACUCCCUGCUUUUCCACUCCUUUGACCGCAUGUCGUCCAGCUACCUCCACCUUGCCCCUGCAGGAACGCAGCUGCUCUUGCUGCACCGCCUCCUCACCUCCGCCAAGCAGGAGCUUGCGUCGAUUGAUGCCGCCCCCGAUGGUGGCAGCCCGGCGCAUGCCACUGGAGCACUGUGGCACAAAGUGGAUGCGGUCUGCGGCGCGGGAACACUUUGCCAUGAUAUGCGGCACGCCGUGUCGUAUUGGACGCUGUUAAAGCUUCACUCCGUGAUGUUCAUUGCGUGGCAAAUCUUUUACCACACCUUCAGCGAGGGGCGUCGCCACAGUCGCAAGAAGAAACAUAAUAAAAAAAUGCAGGAAAUCUCCGCUCGGCACAAGGAAUUUUGCCGCCUCACAGGCGCAGUCGCGGCGGAGGCGGAGCUGCUGCGCCCCAUUCUUGUCCUCUCGGAGGGUAUCGUGGGUGACCCCACGCACCGCGCCACGGCGUACACGUGGUUGAUGCAGCACCCCCCACUUGGAAAGGAGGGGGUGCUGUACCGCUUUGUCACCAUGUUUGGCACCGGGUAUCUCCCGACGAUGGUGCUGUUUCAGGUAACACAGUGGCUCUUACAUGUGGCGUUUUUUACUUUGGCCUACCCUGUCAUGCACUACAGCUUUCACGUGGCGCUUUCGGCGGCGCCAUUGGCCCUGUAUUUGAUUUCCUUCCUCCUCUACACCGUGUACAACGCUGCCGCAGUUAAUAAGCGGUGGAUCCAGAAGCUGCAACGAUUGGCGGCGAUCGGGAUGGAAGCGCAGCGCCAACACACGGGCGCCUCCCUCUCCGCGGCUGCGAACAGCGGCGGCACCGUCGGUCAUAGGGAAUGA